AUGGAGAACCAAGGCCCUUCGCAACAGGGCGAGCUGAACUGGCGUCUCAGCGCCCAUCCCAUCACCCUGUUAUGUUUCCUGGGUUUCCGCAUCAGCGCGCUGCUGAUGUACUUGUUCGGAGUGCUCUUCAUUAGAAACUUUAUCCUCGUUUUCAUCAUCACCCUCCUUCUCCUCGCCGCCGACUUCUACUACCUCAAAAACAUUGCCGGUCGACGCCUUGUCGGCCUCCGCUGGUGGAACGAAGUCAACACCACCUCCGGCGACUCGCACUGGGUCUUCGAAUCCUCCGACCCUAACACCCGCACCAUCACCGCCACCGAUAAGCGUUUCUUCUGGCUCAGUCUAUAUGUCGCGCCCGCGCUGUGGAUCGGGCUGGCUAUUCUAGCUAUCAUACGACUAAGCAGCGUGAUUUGGUUGAGUUUGGUUGCCAUCGCGCUCGUCUUGACUAUCACCAACACCGUCGCCUUCUCUCGCUGCGAUCGCUUCAGCCAGGCAUCGACCUUCGCCAGCCGUGCUUUGUCCGGUGGAAUUGUGAACAACCUUGCCGGUGGUCUGCUGGGCAGACUAUUCAAGUAA